AGGGUGAGAGGCACGCGCGCGUGUGCGCGCCCAGCUGUAGAGCGUCUCCGCGACCCCCGUGGGCCGCUGUCGUCUUAGCCGCCCUCUUCCCCGGCGUCCCCAGCCCGACUCCCUCCAGUGCCGGGCCGCGUCCGCCCCGUCGGUCCCGGCUCGCGUACCCUCCCCGUGGCCAGCAGGGCCCGCCCCCGACGCCCCUUUUCGCUUCUGGGCAGGGUCCUUGCGGCCCAUGCGGGCCGUAGGGGGCCCGCGCCGCCCAACCCGCUCCCGGACCGGCCGGCCGGCCACCAUGGUGGCCUUGAGGCCUGUGCGGCUCCUCCAGGGGGGUUAACCGGUCCAGAGCGCAGGCCGCGGGGGCACAGAGGUCCCGGGCCCGAACCCCGCACCAUGGCCGGGGCCAUCGCUUCCCGCAUGAGCUUCAGCUCUCUCAAGAGGAAGCAGCCCAAGACGUUCACCGUGCGGAUUGUCACCAUGGACGCCGAGAUGGAGUUCAAUUGCGAGAUGAAGUGGAAAGGGAAGGACCUGUUUGAUUUGGUGUGUCGGACCCUGGGACUUCGGGAAACCUGGUUCUUUGGACUGCAGUAUACAAUCAAGGACACUGUGGCCUGGCUCAAAAUGGACAAGAAGGUGCUGGAUCAUGAUGUUUCAAAGGAAGAGCCAGUAACCUUUCACUUCCUGGCCAAAUUUUAUCCUGAGAAUGCUGAGGAGGAGCUGGUUCAGGAGAUCACCCAACAUUUAUUCUUCUUGCAGGUAAAGAAGCAGAUUUUAGAUGAAAAGAUCUACUGCCCUCCCGAGGCUUCUGUGCUACUGGCUUCUUAUGCCGUCCAGGCCAAGUAUGGUGACUAUGACCCUUCUGUUCACAAGCGGGGAUUUUUGGCCCAGGAGGAAUUGCUUCCAAAAAGGGUAAUAAAUCUGUAUCAAAUGACUCCGGAAAUGUGGGAAGAGAGAAUUACUGCAUGGUACGCAGAGCACCGAGGCCGGGCCAGGGACGAAGCAGAAAUGGAAUAUUUGAAGAUCGCUCAGGACCUGGAGAUGUACGGUGUGAACUACUUUGCAAUCCGGAAUAAAAAGGGCACAGAGCUACUUCUUGGAGUGGAUGCUCUAGGGCUUCACAUCUAUGAUCCUGAGAACAGGCUGACCCCCAAAAUCUCCUUCCCGUGGAAUGAAAUCCGAAACAUCUCAUACAGCGACAAGGAGUUUACUAUUAAACCGCUGGAUAAAAAAAUUGAUGUCUUCAAAUUUAACUCCUCAAAGCUUCGCGUUAAUAAGCUGAUUCUCCAGCUAUGUAUUGGGAACCACGACCUCUUCAUGAGGAGAAGGAAGGCUGACUCUUUGGAAGUUCAGCAGAUGAAAGCCCAGGCCAGGGAGGAGAAAGCUAGAAAGCAGAUGGAGCGGCAGCGCCUUGCACGUGAGAAGCAGAUGAGAGAAGAGGCUGAACGCACGAGGGACGAGUUGGAGAGGAGGCUGCUGCAGAUGAAAGAAGAAGCAACGAUGGCCAACGAAGCACUGAUGCGGUCUGAGGAGACAGCCGACCUAUUGGCAGAGAAGGCCCAAAUCACUGAAGAGGAGGCAAAACUCCUGGCGCAGAAGGCUGCAGAGGCUGAGCAGGAAAUGCAGCGCAUCAAGGCCACAGCCAUUCGGACAGAGGAGGAGAAGCGCCUGAUGGAGCAGAAGGUGCUGGAAACAGAGGUGCUGGCGCUGAAGAUGGCUGAGGAGUCUGAGAGGAGGGCCAAGGAGGCAGAUCAGCUGAAACAGGACCUGCAGGAGGCCCGAGAGGCAGAGCGGAGAGCCAAGCAGAAGCUCCUGGAAAUCACCACCAAGCCCACAUACCUGCCCAUGAACCCAAUUCCAGCACCACUGCCUCCUGACAUACCAAGCUUCAACCUCAUUGGUGACAGCCUGUCUUUCGACUUCAAGGAUACUGACAUGAAGCGGCUUUCCAUGGAGAUAGAGAAAGAAAAAGUGGAAUAUAUGGAGAAGAGCAAGCAUCUGCAGGAGCAGCUCAAUGAACUCAAGACGGAGAUUGAGGCGUUGAAGCUAAAGGAGAGGGAGACGGCAUUGGAUAUUCUGCACAACGAGAACACCGACAGGGGCGGCACCAGCAGCAAGCACAAUACCAUUAAAAAGCCUCAAGCCCAAGGCAGAAGACCUAUCUGCAUUUGAGCCCUGAAACUCACCUUGCAGAGCGCCAAGUCCCGAGUGGCCUUCUUUGAAGAGCUCUAGCAGGUGGCCGGCCACCCAGGACCUGCCAUUGCUGCUCCCGGCACCAGCGGGAUGGGUCAGACACCAUGGGGACCCACCAUAGGUGGGCUGGCUGAGAGCUUCCAUAGAAGCUCUAGAACUUUCCCCAGCUGAGUGCAGAGCCCAAUUCACUUCAUGUGCAAUUGCCUUGAACUAUGGCCCCGCAGAGAUUUCUCUCAUGGGGUUCUAGUUCUCCGGACCUGAGUCUUUAAUUUUUUUAAGAAGUAUUUGUCUUUCCUCUUCUAAUGUGGGAACCUAAGCUUUCUUUGUCAAAGUCUGGCGUGUGUCUUACUUACUGUCCAGGGCUGGUUCUCAGCCCGGUCUGGGAAACGGGUGUAGGGAGUGAAGUGCAGAGGCCCCCUGGAAGGAGAGAAGGCCCACGCCACCACCCCCAACCACCUUACCCAGGAUUCCAGAAUGCUCAUCACCACGGAUAAGGAGCUGUCAUGCAGUGAAGAAGCAGGGCCUGCUGAGCUCAGACCCAGAAGGGCCUGCCUGCCGGCCUGCCAGCCACACAUUGACAGUGAGCUGCCCAGGGACCCAACACGAGAAAAAGCCUUGAGCCCAGGCACCGCUGAGGAAGUGCUCUCGCUGCCAGCUGGUGGGGAAUGGGAAAGGAAGCUGUAUCUGGGGAAAGAAUUUAGGCAGAAGCUGUGAUCAGGGGCUGGCUGCCAGUGGGGUAGCUUGGAAGCAGGGAGAUCUGCCCGUGAGGAAAUGGGCACCCGACAGAACAGCCGCCAUCCUCCUCCUGCCACCCCCAGACCAGCAUCCAAGAGGCAGCAGGGAGCCACGUGUGGUUUCCUGUCUCCCUUUGGCUGUAGCCUCCCCUGCCUGUGGAGGCUGGGGAACUCUCUGGUCUUGUUGUAGUCAGUACCUAGUAACCUGACUGGGACCUGGAGGCUCUGUGGGGCUCUGAGGCCCCACAAGUGCUUCUUGCUGACCCAAAUGUCAAGUCCUUCUCUGGUUCCCAUUUGGGCUACAUUCUCUCCUAGCAAGAAACUGCUGAUCGUAUCAUCUAUCCUCCAGGCCAUGUGCCACCAAGCCCUUCCCAACCCAUCAUGGCACCUGGGCCUCAUUUUGCCUUUGCUCCUGUCCCUCAGUUGUAGUUAGGUGCUGUCCAGUAGAUUCCAACUCACAGCGACACCAUGUGACAGAAUAGAACUGCCCUAUAGGGUUUUCUUGGCUGUAACUCUUAAGGAAACAGAUCGCCAUGUCUUUUUCCUGUGGUGCCACUAAAUGUGUUUGAACCACAAACUUUCAGUUAGCAGCCGAGUGCGUAAUCAUUUGCGCCACCAGGGCUCCUUUUAUUUUCCGUCAUGGGGGCCACGUGGAGUCCCUUCAUGCCCCUCCCUGCGCAAGACCCUGGAGGGGUAUGUCCACUCAUCGUGGGCUCUGCAUGUGCUGACACAUGACCGCCCUCAGUGCCAGGGCAGCAGCGGGUCACACACCACCCUCAUAGCUCCGUUGUUCCUGGGUUUGGGGCCACCUUCUUACUCUGUCUUUUCUGCAUGGCUGGUGUUGCUGCCACGACCAACCAGAGCCCUUCAGAUCCCUCCGAUUAGGCCGCUGUGCAGAGCAGGUGAUAAGUCUUAAUGGGUGGAAAGAUGCUUAUUUAGCGAAGGGAUGUGAGGGCCUGGAGAUCUCCUGAGAGCGGAAGGGCUCUGUGGCAAUUCUGUUCGGUUAUGACAGGCUCAUGGGGAUCCUCCCUUUUUCCCCACAGUCAGGCCGACCUAGCAGUGUCCCAGACUGGCCGCAGCCUUCUUGGCCCACCUUAAGCUGAGGGAGUCAGCUUCUCCCCAUCUGUGUCACUGCAGACCCCUUAGGACUCUGCCUCUGGAACCGGAGCAUAGGUGGCUGUGGCUGAGAGCUUCCUUGAGUUUCCCUGUUCUCAAAGGCCUCUUUCCCCCAAGAUGUGCUCCCAGCCAGGGGAAGAGUCCUCAGUCGCUGAAGCUCAGGGGUUUGUAAAGUAAGGCCUGGCUCUGUGUCGUGGCUCUGUCUCAAGCUUAAAACCCCUACCUGCAUUUCCACCAAGAGUUGUUUUCCUCCCAGCCUGUAAAUUUAAUCUUUAACUGUGGCUGCGGGGCAUAGGAACAUGGUGAUGGUUUAUAAAAACAUUGUCGGGCUUUAUUUUUUUAUUAUUUAACUGCUAUAUGUGUGUGUCUGAAGUGGAAAAAUGCCAAGUCCUCAGGCCACAAGGGAGCCGGCUGGCGUCUGAGCUGUGCAGAAGCGCCUUCGGGCCGGAGCCAGCUCAUAGGGUCAGCAGAGCCAGCUCAGCCACGCUCCAGCUGUCCCUAGAGGCGAGAACUAGCAGGCACCUCCCCAAAGAUGAUUAAGGCAGGAAGGAUGGUGGCCCUCAGACAGGUCUCGAGCCCCACUGGAAGGAGAAAGAAUGAAAAGAGGAGCUCGGUUUUCAGAGCCUUGCACCUGUGUCUGAGGUGACAGUUUUCUUUAAGUGAACAUGUAUGUGUACGGCAUCCGAGCCUGUCAGGUCAGGAAGCCUCGGAAGUCCAACGAGAGCAGCACCCUGGCCGUGAUGAUUUCAUUCACAAGCACUUCCAGUGGUCCCCGGGCAGGAGCACCACAGUAAUAAAACCGUUCAUGAGGUCAGCGCCCAGCAAUACUGCUCUGUGAGGCUGUCCACCUCGUUCAUCCUGAUCGAGGCCUCACCUCAGCCACAGAGUCGCUCUGACCUGUCAUCUCCCUCAGUUAUUCAUGUAUCCGCCAGGCCCUGCUACACAACACUCCAUGGCAUUGUGUUUUGUAAUCUUAGGGACAGGCGUUUCUCUCUUCCCCCUUUUUUUUUUCCAAAUCAAAACAGCAAGUCCAGAGACUGACAACCAGCUCUAGAGACUAAGUGUUCCUUGCUGACAGGGCUGGGGCCUGGUGGUCCGUGGGAGCAGCCUUGGCGGGGAGACAGCCCCUCCCAGCUGCCUUGGGGCCAAGCACAGCUCUCCUGGGCUCCCAGGGAAGCUUGGUUUUCAAAGAUGUCACAUGGCACUCCUUCAGGGGCUGGAUCAUGGAAGGCUAUUUUCUAUUCCGGGGGAUUGUUGUAAUUUAAAUGAUUGUUUUAAUAAAAAUUCUAAGCUGUAAAAAGUUUA